AUGGAGUGUUCCCGGGCUGUCCCUAACCUGUACGGGUACAACAGAGCUAUCGUGGCGUGUGCACAGUACAGCUCCUGGCCCCUAGCACUUGAUGUCCUCAGCCAGCUCACCUCACGUCACAUUUUGCCUGAUGUCAUUAGUUACAGCAGCUUCAUCAGCGCUUGUGGCGUGGCAAAUCGGUGGGAGGAAGCGCUGUCUGCCAUAGCCAUGAUGACACGAGCACAAGUGACCCCCAACGAAUUUACUUGCAGUGGCGCCAUCAGAUGCUGCGAGAGAGCACCUACCUGGCAACUUGCUCUCCAUAUUCUGUGGUCGAUGAAUGGUUUGGCACUCGACCCAGACGUGGUUUGCUUAACCAGUGCAAUAAAAGCUUGUGAGAACGCCGAGCAAUGGACUGCGGCACUGGUGUUGGUGGAGCACAUGCGAGUUUGCUCUGUGUCCCCAAACGAAUUCACGUGCAGUAGCCUUGUUAGUGCUUGUGAGAGAGCAUCCAAACGGCGUAGCGCAGUGUCUGUGUUUCAAACGAUGGUGGAUGCACAUGUUGAUGUGGAUCUUGUGGCAUGCAGCGCAACAAUCACUGCCUGUGCCCGCAUCACCCAAUGGGCAUUGGCUUUGUCCCUUUUUUCAAGCAUGGCCAAAAGCAGCAUUGUAGCCAACGAGUAUACAUACAAUGGUGCUGCCGAUGCUUGCGAGAAGGGCUGCCAAUGGCAGCCGACGAUGGAAUUGCUGGAGCUGUUGAAUUCGAAGGCCAUGGGACGGAUUGCAGAGCUGGCGCAGGAG